UCUCUCCUCCACCCCUUCUCUCCAUCUCUCUCUCUGCGCUCCGCCACUCUCGCCUCCCUGCAGCUCGUCGCCGCCGAUUCGCCGCCGAUGUCCGCCGUCGCCGGGCCUAGCUCGCCGAUUCGCCGCCGUAAGCAAGGGAUUGGCAUUGUUCUUUUGUCCUUCAUCUACUGGACUGUUGGGAGUGUCAUUGCAUCGAGAAGAAAAGAUUAUGCGUAAUCGUUGAGUAUUUGCUUUGCUACGAAAUUGAUGAGAUGUCGUCUUGCGCGAAUUCGUCUGGCAGAGGCGGCCAUAUUGGUCAAGCUGACACUGUGCCCACCGGUUCAAACUUAGAUGAACGGCCUAAAAGUCCAGCAAAAGCUGAAGAGGAGGAAGACGAGGAUGAAGAUGUAGAUUUUAAUCCCUUUCUAAAGGAAACACCUUCACCAGAUGCUUCAUCGAGUCUGAGCUCGGAAAUUGAAGGAAUAGAUGGUGACGUUGUUGAAAACGGGGUUAAACCUUUACAGACAGCAGAAAUUUAUUCAUCAGAGUUGACUGAUGAGGGUCAGAGUUUUGUUGUUGAAGAUUCUGAGCAUUGUGAGGGGGGAAAUUUGGUGCUAAAUACUCUUUCCCCUAAGCUAGUAUGUGAACAAGAAUUGCCCGAACUUGUUGCCGGAAGGCUCUCUAAGACAGAUUCAGAGAUCCUAUCUCUAGCUGAAAAUGGCCAUUUACAAGGAAAGGAAGAUCAUACGGGCGGCAGACCUGACUCCCACAGCGACAUGGUUGAGGAAGCUACAAAUAGCUGGAAGCCGGCAUCUCACUCUGAUGGCGAGGAUGCUAUUUGCAAGCGUACAAGGGCUCGUUAUUCUCUGGCAAGUUUUACUCUCGAUGAACUUGAGAGUUUUCUCCAAGAGACGGAUGAUGAUGAUGACAUUCAAAAUGUUGAUGAUGAAGAAGAGUACAAAAAAUUUCUCUCAGCUGUUUUAUUAGGUGGAGAUGGCGGUGGUCAUCCAACUCCAGAAACUGGAAAUGUCGAUGAUGAAGAUGAGGAUAAUGAUGCUGACUUUGAGAUUGAACUCGAAGAAGCACUUGAGAGUGACCUUGAUGACAGACCUAGUGAUAAAAUCACGAAAGGAAAUUAUGAGUUGUCCAGAAGGCGGCCUGAGACAAGGCAGAACAGACGUAAAAGCACUUCUGCAGAGUGUAAAAAGAAGCUUCUUCAACAUGGGAAGAGGCCAUUGCGUCCCCUUUUACCAUUAGUACCUGUUGGAUCGACUUCAUAUUUACCAGCGUUGAGCGGACAACCUUCUAUCACUGAUGCUCCUCUGAACUAUGCAUCUUUAGCAGCUAAUGCUGGUUGCAUAAAUGGGUUUGCUCCUAAUCAGAUUGGCCAGUUGUAUUGUCUAAUACAUGAGCACGUGCAGCUUCUUAUUCAAAUACAUUCUCUUUGCAUUCUCGAUCCCUCUCGGCAACACAUUGCAUCACAAGUUGAAGAAUUGAUUUUACAAAUGCUUCAUAAACGUGAUCAGGUAGUAGCUCGGAGAAGCAUACCAUAUCCUGGUAUUUGCUUUUCCCCUGCAUAUGUUUGUUCAUCAACAUCUGAGGGUUCUAAAAGAUCAAACAUGGCACAACACACUUUGGUAUCUGCUCCUACAUUAGAUGCUCAGAGGGUUACCUCUACUGCGGAUAAUCAGAUGCUGGCAACUCUAAAUGGUUCCCAGGGUCAAGGACAUGAUGAAAAUGCUGGCAGUCAGGCUGUAUGUUCUCGAGCGAUGGAGGGUUCUGUCUGGUUGCCAUAUAUAAGUGGUCCUGUACUAUCGGUUUUGGAUGUAGCUCCGCUUACUUUAGUGAAGAAUUACAUCGAUGAUCUGCGUAUUGUUGUCCGGGAGCAGCGGCGAUGGCAUGUUGAAUCUACCAGUAAUAUUCUCUCUGAAAGGGAGCCUCUGUUUCCCAUUUCCAGCUCUCUGUCACCUGUAGAAGGUGAUAAUCAAGUUUUAAGUGGACCUUCUCCAUCAAAUGCUCGUACUGGUUCUCCUUCCUCUGGUCAUCAUCUGCUUAAGAGAUCAUUAGCUGCGGCAAUUGUGGAAAGUGCAAAGAAGCAAUCAGUUGCCUUAGUCCAGAAGGAUGUUGCAAAGUCGGCUCAGAUAUUCUUUCCACUGUUUAAUCAAGCACUUUUUCCUCAUAAACCACCCCCUACUGCUGUGGCAAACAGGGUGCUUUUCACUGAUGCUGAGGAUGAGCUACUUGCAUUGGGGAUAAUGGAAUUUAAUACAGAUUGGAAGGCAAUUCAGCAACGAUUUCUUCCUUGCAAGUCUAAGCAUCAGAUUUUUGUACGGCAGAAGAAUCGCUGCUCAUCCAAGGCUCCAGAGAAUCCCAUAAAGGCAGUAAGGAGGAUGAAAACCUCUCCAUUGACCGCGGAAGAGGUGCAAUGUAUACAGGAGGGGUUCAAGAUUUAUAAACUUGACUGGAUGUCAGUAUGCAAAUUCAUUGUGCCACAUAGAGAUCCAUCCUUAUUACCUCGUCAGUGGCGAGUUGCCUUGGGAACUCAGAAGUCAUACAAACAGAAUCCAACUAAAAAGGAGAAGAGAAGGGCAUAUGAAGCAGAACGGAGAAGGCGCAGAGGUGCAGAUCCAGCGAGUUGGCUAAAUGUAUCUGAGAAGGAGGACUAUCAGGUUGAGCAUGCUGGCGGGGAGAACAGUUGUGAAGACGAUUGCGUUGAUGACCCUGAGGAAGCUUAUGUACACGAGGGAUUUUUAGUGGACUGGAGACCAUCUUUCAAACAACCUCACCCUCAUGUGGGAAAAGGUGGCCUCCAUGCCACAAGGGAAGAGGGUGCUUAUGACACGCAUUGUGAAACACAACGCCACGCUGGAAACAUGCAUCAGUUUCCAAUUGCAUCAAGUUUUCAGAAUACUUAUUCUGCAUCUCGUGUCAUCCAUAACAAUGUGCAUGGUACCUCAGUACCAAUUCAUCCAGUUUCUGACACAAGUUUGUGGACACCCAAAUCUCCAUUUGGUCUCCUUUCACACAGAGGUCGUCAAACUGACAAUGCACGCUUAGUAAAAUUAGCACCAAACUUGCCCCCAGUGAAUCUUCCUCAGAAUGUUCGUGUUAUUUCUCAGUCUGCAUACCUAAGCCGUGAUGGAGCAGCUUCCACUAUUACUGGGAGUGCGGAUAAUCGACCAUGUCAUGCAGCAAAGAUUGGAGACACACCAGCUGCCCAGCAGAGCAAAAGUAUGUCUCUGAAUGAUUCUCUUGCGUGUGUGCAGCGAGAAGAAUCAAGAGUUUUCAAGGAGAAAACCAUCAAUGAGGAAAGGGGCAUUGAUUCUGAUUCCCAGAUGCAUCCCUUACUCUUCCAGGUCCCUGAAGAUGGUCGCCUGCCUUAUUACCCAUCAAACUGCAAUACCCUUGCUCCUGCCCCUUUAAGUUUUUUUCCUGGAAGCCAGCCUCAAUUAAAUCUUAGUCUUUUUCAUAAUCCUCACCAGCUAAACAAUGACAGAUCUUUUAGGCCUAGGGACUCUGCUUUCGAUAUACGUGGUAGUGGAAUUGACUUCCAUCCGCUACUUCAAGGAACCGAAGAGGUGAACAGUGAUUUAACAUCUACUAGUUCAAAGGCUCACCAGUCUGUUUCUGAUGCUGUGCAAGCUAAGGUACCAGCCAGUGGUGGCUCCUUGACUACUGGCACAGAUCUUUCUUGUUGUGCGGAUAGAGCUAGUGAAUUGGACCUAGAUAUACACCUGAGUUCUUCAUCCUCAUUGGGAAAGACAAUAGGAAGGAACACUGGGGCUACUCAUAAACUUAUAACCCCCAUCAAGCAUUCAACGAAAUCUGGAACUUUGCUUAAAAGCCAACAAACAAGCGGUCCUUUUGAUCAGCAGCCUGAAAAUCUGUCUUCGGUUAGAAGUGACAUAAUUCAAGGAUCCCAAAUGUCGAGCAGACCAAAUGAUGUUGUUCAAUCCAACAUUGAUUUGGCAGGGGAUGAGUCUCAUCCAGGAAUUGUUAUGGAACAGGAAGAGUUGAGCGACUCUGAUGAAGACAUGGAAGAACAUGUUGAAUUUGAAUGUGAGGAGAUGGCUGAUUCUGAAGGAGAGGAAGAAUCAAGCAUGGAGAUUGUUGCUGAUACAUAUAACAAGGAGGUCCAGAAUCAUGCUGUAGAGAAGGUGGUGAUGGAACCACACGAAGAUCAUCGGCAUGAGCCGAGAAAUGGUCAUCGUCUUAAAUCUGAUGAUUCUACACCUGGAAACAGCAGCCUUCCUUCCUUAAAGUUGGGUCUCACAUGUGAAGGGAGAGACAUGGCGAGUAAAUCAUGGUUGAGUUUGGAUUCGAGGUUGCGAGGCUGUCCUCCAAAUCCAACUGGUGAAACAAAGGCUCGUAAGCUUCGUUCCCCUCGUCCAAGCAGAUCCUGCAAGAAGACAAAAACAUGCACUAGAAAUAAUAUGGAGCAGGUACAUGACCAAGCUACGGAGGCAGCAAAACGGCUUGAUUUGGGCACUUCCACCAUCCCCAACAGGCGGCCUCGAAAGCGGACAUGCAGGGGUAAUGCAAAUUCAGAAGUAAGAUUGCUAUGAAGAGUGGUUGAUUUGGAUGCUGUAAAUAGUAAAGAGAAAUCUUUAUCUCCAAUUUUGUACUACUCUCUGUGCAUAGCAUGGAUCGAAUGAUGUUCACAAUUGGCCUAGUGGAUGGAUGACGGACGAAUCGCCAUUCUAUGUGAGAUUGAAGUACAGUGAAAAUGCUUUUGGGGAAUAUAUUUUUUUGAUUUAGGACGGGGCUUGAAUGUAAGUCCUGUCGUGUGAAUAUCUCCUCGACGAAAGGCACGAAGAAAUGAACAUGACCUCUUACAUUUUGUUGUC